CUUGACGUCGCGCAGUUCAAUGACAAACUCGCCCUUAUAGGGAAAGAAUCGCUUAAGGUGAUUUGGUAUUCAUCGGUGAGCUGUUAAGCGUGGACGUUAAGUAAAAGUCUGUGUCUAGCAAUCGGCCAUAUUUGUCUUGGACGUUUGUCGGAGCGCAGGUUCCCUGGUAGAGCGCACCGCCCCGCAUCACACCACGACACUCACACCAGCGUGGACGCAGCCAGCAGUGACCUUUACCAGCCAUUGUGUGGGGAAGCCUCCUCCACCCACUGCGGCACCACAGAUCUCGCCUCCACACUAAUGGCUGCCGCAGGGAAGCGAACCAUUGUAAUAAUCGACUGGCAAGUGAUGUAAGCCGCCCUCUCAAGUGAAGAGUGGUGGUCUGAAGAAAAUCUAGUUUGUCCAGUUCUUAGUACGUGCGCCUCUGCCCCCUGGUGACUCUGGCGUGAACUACAGUGCCCGCCAAAACUUACUUAGCGCCACAGAAAGCCCCGUGCGAUCCCCGUGGAGGAUUUAUAUUCAUCCUCGAACCCAAACAUCUUAAUAAUAACCAUCAGCAACAUAUCUGCGCCGCCACCAUGACGAGCUACAGCUAUUCGUCCUCGCAGCAAGACCAGUGGAAGGAAAAUAACAACAACAACACCACCAAUCUUAGUAGCGUGUCUUCCUUCUGUCCCAACACAGCAGGUGCAGUGCCGGCCUCCCUCAGAGACCUUUACUCCAGGAACAGCUUCUCGUCGUCCUCAGGGUCAUCAGCAACGUCCCCUGCCUCGCCCCUGGACCUGACACGCUACUCCCUGUCCUCCCUGCGUCAGUAUGAGUUGGCGCAGCAAAUGGUGUCGCAACAAGGCGCCGUUAGCAAGUUUCUGGGAUCACUACGCCCGCCCGGAGUGAUCGGCGGUUCUAAGCCCAAGGUGGCCACGCCACAGGUGGUGAACAAGAUUGAGCAGUACAAGAGAGAGAAUCCAACCAUCUUCGCGUGGGAAAUUCGUGAGAAGCUCAUUUCAGAAGCCGUGUGUACGAACUCCACCGCCCCUUCUGUCUCCUCCAUCAACAGAAUUCUCAGGAACCGGGCAGCUGAGAGGGCGGCAGCGGACUUUGCUAGGGCGGCAGGCUAUGGCUUCUAUAACCCGUACUUCCCUUGGGCCAACCCCGCACUCCUCUCGCCCCUGGCCUCUUCACUCCCUCUCCAGGCCGCAGCCGCCGAGCAGGCCGCCAACACAGCCGCUGCCAAAGACAAGGGAACGUCCGCCUCAUCCGCUGGACUCUCUGAUGGGGAAGGUUCUCCCUCACAUAAGGACGGGAUUUCUCUCUCCGUCCCGACACCAACAGACCUGAGCACCCACUCGCCGCACUCCAACGAGGUCAGAUUUCGUCGCAACAGGACGACUUUUAGUUCGGAGCAACUAGAGGAGCUUGAGAAGGAGUUCGAGAAGACCCACUACCCUGAUCUGCCAACGAGGGAGAGACUGGCGGAGAAAACCUUACUGUCAGAGGCGAGAGUGCAGGUGUGGUUUUCCAACAGACGGGCCAAGUGGAGGCGGCACCAGCAGCUCAGUGUGCUCCGCCCCUACUCCUCCGACGACCCCCUCCCGCACUCUCCCACCACCACCUCCCCAUACUCCGAAGUGGUGUCGAGCCCAGACACCCCUCGCUCCCCUUCCCCAACGCCCCCACCACCAUCCUCCACCGCUACUCUCCCCACCACAGUCUCCACCACCACAGCCACCACCUCCGCGCCGGCCACAGUAACAGUAGCAGUGGGAACCGAAGAUACCAUCCGUGGCGAGUCGUUGGAGGGGCAGUCUCCCCCGCGAGCCACGUCGACACCUCCGAUGCCUCUCCAUCGGCCACCUUCACCUCCUCGCCAUCCUCCGCCUUCACCCGUAUCAGCCGCCGCCCUCAACCUGUCCACCCCCAGCCCGCUAGCCCACCCCAUGUCCCGCCUUCAUCAGAGUCCGCCCACAAGCUCUGUCAAGACUCCGAAUCGCCUCCCUCCCCCGCCCCUUCUCCCUGCCACUCUUCUCACACUGCCUCACUAUCCGGGGUUCUCCCUCGGGCGUGAUCUCACCCUCACGCCCAUUAACCUCUCCAGUGCCCACGCCCAUGCUCGGGAGCUGAUGGCGGCCCAGGCUCGUAACUUCUUCAGAUCUGCCACUCAGACAGCUUACUUCGGCGCCUCCCGAGACGAGGACGACAGUGAUAUUGAGGUGGAUCUCGAGCAUGAGAAGGAGGAGAAGAAAGGCGAGGCCGUGGAGGCUCAAGAUCUAAGCAUCAAGAGAAAGAGGGAAGAUGAUGAGGAGAAAGCAGAGGAAAAUGAGAAGGAGCAGGAGAAGGAGGAGAUAUGUGAAGAGAAGGAUGACACGGGUAUAGACGAGGUGAUGGAGGAAGCUUAAUGAAAAGAUGCCACGGAUCGGCGUGUUCAACAUUGUUGUCCACCUGCGUCCCAUCUUGGCUUCCGUUCGCUGACUCCACCUGUUCCUAUAUUUGGUUGCCUUCAUGUUCUUUGUUCUGUUACUUCCUUUCGUUUUCUUUCCGCCGAGAGGUAAAAGCCUGCAUUCGAGUCACAUCAGUUGUAUAUAUUCUAAAAUGUUGCGGGAACUCCACUGGUUUUGUUAGCGGCACUUUAUGUUACUGCGCAAACAAUCCAGCACUUCAUUAAGUCACAAAUGUUUUUGAUAUUAGAGACAGAAUUCACAUUAGCUCAUAGUAAUUGCCGGUCACACAAAUACCCUCAUGUUGACUUGCUCACGUCAGGGCACGAUUGCUCCAGGUGCGAUGACGACCCUCUCUCAGGGGACUAUGAGGGUGAGCUGGAAUGAUAAAUGACCUACAUUGAUUACUUGUGACUACCCUUUGUUAUUUAUACCGUACUGACGCAAGGUAGAUCAUGGCAGGGCAUUCAAGUUAAUAAGCAACUCUAGAAUUUUUAUUACCCUCAUCUAUGGAUUAGAUAUUACGAAUCUUAAUGAUAUGAUAUUUUGCAAUAACUCAGUAACCCUGAAUGCAAGACUACAGCCACGUCCCCGCCACUCUAGCGCAGCCUCUCUGCGGCUUGUUACCUCUAGGCGAUCUUCGUAGGCUACAGCUUACUACUACCAUGGAUGUAUCAUGUAUCCAGCUAUGUUUAAUCACCAGUUAAUAUGUACAGCACCAAAGAAGUAUUUUUAAUUGUGUGUGUGUGUGUGUGUGUGUGUGUGUGUGUGUGUGUGUGUGUGUGUGUGUGUGUGUGUGUGUGUGUGUGUGUUCGCCUCUCGCUGCCUCGCCAAACGGAAUCGAAACGAGCAGCAGUGAAUCAAACAUAGACUAUUAAGGCGAGGUUUCUUGAGUAACCUCUUAUCUGUAUAGACCCGUGAGUAAUUAAGAUAAACCCGGUGCAUACCAGCUUUAGAUUGGCUUGGCAAAGGAAAACCUCACAGGUGAUCCACGUUUUCAUGAAGUGUUGUCCAUUGUUAUAUAUUUCUUUUGCUGUUUUUUUUUUUUUUGUGAGAAAGGUAUCUUAGUUGUCACGCCAGGUGAGUACAAUGGUGAGGGUAAGCAACGCACCUCACGUGACCAAAACCAUUCUGCUUUGUUCAGAUUGUUUUGUAUUUACUGUCAUGUUGAUAUGCUUGUGACAGGUGAGGUGGGAAGCUGUGAGACAGAUGACUUUGGAAGAAAAAAAAAUGUUAAGCUCAUGGAUAAACAGGCAUUGAUGAAUAAUUUAAGAUUGACUUAGUAGAUGGCGAGUAUUAAGAAGCGUUGCAAAAGAGGCGAGUAAGUAUAGUUGUUUUAAUAUCUUCAAGAUUAAAUCAAUUAAGUGAAAUAAGAUGAAAAGUGUUGAUGCGUUCAUUUGUUUUAUUCUUCGUGACUCAAGCACUAAAUUCUAGUAUAUCAGCACUCUCCAGAUGAAUUACUUGUGCCACUUGUGGGCAUGUUAAAAGAAGAUGUGAUUUUUAGCGGCUUGAAAACGUACUGUUCCUUACUCUUUUAAGCUUUACUCAUUCCCAAAGAAGUCUCAAGCAUACAAUUAUUAUUAAUCCCUCGGAGCAAUUGUCUCGGCGAGGAGUCUGGUGAAAACAGAGGAGGUGGACAUAGAAAAAGAAAAGUUUUCAUGCUGCUAUAAAACACGUCUACAAUGUAUGUGCGUCUUCUGUACUACGAAUCUCACUACGAAACCAAUGUACGGUACGUAUAAGUUACUCGUCGAUGGAGGGCGGGAGCAUUGCAACGCGGCGCCUCCGAAAACUGUCCCGGGAGGUGGUCCCGAUGCAGCACUCCCGCCAUACAGGCUCUGCAGCAGGCGCCGAGUAUCUCAGUAGAGCUGAAUUAAAACAAGGCUACAGUGUUA